AGCAAAGCAUCGACAUUCGUUUCCGCCCUAUUUAAAACAUAUUUUUCGGCUAUAUUAGAGUUGCAGAUAUGCAAUUUGCUUUUCGUGGGAUACCGUCGCAGCUCGCUGUGCCACAGAGGCGGCCGACUCGAUGCUGCGCGGCGGGCGUAGAGGUACCAGCACCAACAGGCGAUAAGCGUCAGCAACCGCUCGGCAAAAAAGUCUCCCUCGUUUCUUUAGGCUGCCCGAAGAAUGUUGUUGACGGUGAGGUGCUGCUGGGUGACCUCACUCGCGCGGGUUUCUCCGUCACUGAUGACCACGAGCAGUCCGACGCCAUCAUCGUCAACACGUGUGCCUUCGUGGAGGAUGCCAAGAGCGAGUCUCUGGAGGCUAUUGUCGAGGCCGCCUCCCUAAACGAGGACGGCAAGCGGCGCAAGGUGGUCAUCACCGGCUGUCUGGCGCAGCGGUACUCGGAUCAGCUAGCUAGCGAUCUUCCGGAGGCGGAUCUGGUGGUGGGUUUCCAGAAGUACGGCAACCUGGCGGCCUCCCUGCAGCGGAGCAUGGGGCUGGAGCCAACGCGGGAGGCACUGGAGCUGGCGACGGCGGCGGAGGCGCAGCAGCAGUCGCAGGAGGAGGGCGUGACGUCAGCGGAUGCGGGGGCACGCGGCGAGGUGGCGGAGGCGGGCACGUCGGGACAGCGGGUGCAGGUGGGAGCCUCCACUGUUCCCUUCCGCCCCGAAUGGGACCGCUACCGACUGACCCCCCGGCACAGCGCCUAUCUGCGGGUGGCGGAGGGGUGCAACCACGCAUGCACGUUUUGCGCCAUCCCGGGAUUCAGGGGCAAGUUCCGGAGCAAGCCCUGGCAGGCCGUGUUGGAUGAGGCGAGGCACCUGGUGGCCAACGGAGUGAAGGAGCUCAACCUGAUUGCGGAGGAUACAAACCAGUACGGCAUGGAUAGGCGUGACGGUCGAGAUCUGGCGCAACUGCUUCGGGAGCUGUCGCAGUUGGAGGGCCUGCACUGGAUCCGGAUCCUAUAUGCCUACCCGUCGUAUUUCAACGACGCGCUGAUUGACGAAAUUGCAACCAACCCCAAGGCGCGUGUGUGCAAGUACCUGGACAUGCCCCUGCAGCACAUCUCCAACCUGACCCUCCUGGCCAUGAACCGGCCACCCCGGGAGCACACCCUCAAGCUGCUGACCACACUGCGCACCCGCAUACCCUCCCUGGCGCUGAGGACCACCUUCAUAUCGGGAUUCCCCGGGGAGACGGACCAGCAGCACCGGGAGCUGGUGGAAUUUGUGAAGACGUUCAAGUUCGAGCGGAUGGGUUGUUUCGCGUUCAGCGAGGAGGACGGCACUCCGGCCGCCUCGCUGCCUGACCAGGUGCCCCAGCGGGUGCGGGAGAGGCGGCGGGACGAGCUGAUCAGCCUGCAGCAGCGCAUCGGGGAGGAGUGGGCGGAAGGGCUGGUGGGCCGAGAAGUGGAGGUGCUGGUGGAGGGCUACAACGAUGACGACUGGCUGAUCGGUCGUACUCAGUGGGAUGCCCCUGACGUGGACCCGCUGGUGUUCUUGACGGACUCGGAGGACCCCCAUGUGGCCAAACUGGAGGCUGGCCAAAUACGGCGCUGCGUGAUCACUUCCAACUCGCUUUUUGAUCUGGAGGCGACGCCCAUCGUAUGACGAGGGCUACAUAUCCCACAUGUGACCCAUACGUCGGUUUCUAUGUAAAGCUUGGUCCGAGUAUGUGCAUUGACGUGGCAUGGCUGAUGUGAGCUGAGGGGAUGGAGGCCGGUGGUGGCGUUUUGCGCGGCAGUGCCCUGGGAAGAGGUGCGGACAAGAGAUGUGCGGAGAACGAGGAUGGCAGCGUGCUAGAGGUAGAGGGAAGGGACAGCGAUCACAGGGGCUUAUGUGUGUGUCCUGAUUUGGCUUAAGGGAUGGCAGCUGCUGAGUUGCUAAAACGCGGUGUGCCUCUGUUGCGAAACUGAAGUACGGCGUGUCGGCGUGUCGAGGGGCACGGAGCGCUGCGAGGGGAAUGUAUGCUAAUGGUUGUGGAGCAUACAGUGCUCUUCUCAUUGGCCGAAAUACUGGAGCUGUAAGUUUGAUACAGGUAUAGCUUGAGGCGGGCGAUGAUGUGUGUAAGGAGGCGUAGGAACGCAUGGAGGAGGAUGCAUGCACGUGUUGGGGUCCCCUGCUGGCCUUCCAUCUAUGCAUCCGUCCUCUGCUGGCACGAACCGCGCGUGAUGAACCGUGAAACCUGAAAUUAUACGAGUGUAUUGCGUAGAGAGGAACGAGCAGGUGUGUUUAAACGAACGUAAACGG